CCACUUCAAUUUCUAUUUAAUUAUUUACUCUGCUUUUCUCUUCGCCUGUACUUUGUUUUUUUGCCGGUAGUAAACAUCAUCGAAUACCUUUGUUUCUUUGUUCGAUCUCUGACCCUCCGACCAAAUUACUGAUGCCUAUCGAUAUAAAAGCCACGACGCAAAGCUGUCUUUUCCAGAAGAGGAAGCGACAUUACUCAGCAGAAAGAGCUUCUAAACUCAAGCUCAGGAGACAUGAUGUGUAUGCAAAUCAGUCAGCGGAUAAAAAAGAAAUGCUUUUAGCACAACGACGAUCAAAAAAUAUUGAGUCGACAAGCCAAGGUCUCUUGUUUGAACAUAUUGAAGUAGCAUCAUCUUCUGAAACUGCCGCCGAGUUACCUAGACAGAGAAUACUAACAAUAGGGGAAUCAUGUUGCCUUGAUGAAAAAGCCGAUAAAUCUUGCGCGGACGACACAACAGUUUGUUCUAACAAAGGGAAGAAUAUAAUUGGCUCCGUUUCUGUAUUCGAAUAUGGUUCCACAUCAAAUCCACUCGAUGAACGGCGUGAUCCCGAGGUAUCCGUUGUCAUAAAAAGAGUCUUAUUUAUCUUUCAGGAUAUCAUAACCAAAAAUAUUGUAGAGGCAACAAAGACUACUGCUGUAAAUUAAUGGGAAUGGAGACAACUAAUGAGAGUGCUCACUUAGAAGAAACUGGAAGACUUGAAAUGAAUGUUCGAUUCGGUAGCUCCACAAUCUCAAAGCAGUGGAGAAUACAUUCUUCAUGGUUAUUAGUAUUUAAAUCAGACUAUUCUUUUUUAGAAAUAUGUUGUUCUUUUUUAUUAUUUUGGUGUAUGAUUUUAUUGAGUUUUAAUUGAGAAUUUUUAUGUGGGCCUUCCAUUAAGCAUUAGUUGUGAUUGUAAUGUCUAGAGAUAUCUUGAUAUAUCCGAGGAUGGGGGUUGGUUGAGUUGGUGAAAAGAAAAAGUGAACCAUGUGUCAAAUUUUGAUGACCGAAGAAGAACCCAAGUAGUUAAAUAAAUAUAGCUUGUAUCUCUUUCUGAUGCACUUCUCUUUCCCAGAAAGAAGACGUGUGAUUAAAUGUUAUCUGUACUUCUAUUUAAAGUGAAAGAUUUUAAACCUAGCAUGAACAUUGGCUAACUACAUCCUGGCUAAGAAAAAAAAGGCAUACCUUGUUAAUUGAAAGUUAUAAAGAAUGUUAUCAAGUUGACAAUAAAUAUUUUAUUACCUUUGCCUAUUAGUUGAGUGUGAGCACAUAUAAUGCAGGAUCAUACAUUUUAUUUAAAGCUAAUAAUGAAGUCAUCCCGCCUAAUUCGUAGUAUUUUAUUCAAUGGUUAUAUAUACUUAUCUUUUUGUUCUUUUCGCUAAGUAUAUAUACUUCUCAGAUCUUAUUGCUACUAUGAACAAAAUAAGUCUGGCAGGCAAAUUGGUUACUUUAGAUGCACUACAUAAGUCUGGCAGACUUACUGAGUACAAUCCUACUCGGAUUUCUAUACCAUAAAUCAAAUGUGAAUUUUAUAGAUGCACUACAAAAACUCGGUGAAAUUACAACGGUUUUUUUGUGUGGCGGUUGCUGAGAACCGCCGCAAUACUCGAUAUAAUGUUGUGGCAAUUUGAGAACUGCCAUAUUUGCAUUUGUAAAAGUGGCGGUGCCAUAGAUAAAAUUGACAUUUUGAACCGCCGCUAUAUUAAUUUUAGAUUUCAACAUAUUAUAAUCCAAGAUCUCACUCUUCCAAUUAGAACUCCCUCCUCUCACUUUCCCACCCCCAAUUUUGUCAAACCCUCUCUCCCGCCCCCAACAUUGACCAAAUCGGCGGCAUGUACACCAGAUCACCGUCGACUUCCUAUUCUCUCCUCUUAUAUUCUCUUUCCUUCCCCUCUUCUCGCCAAGGAGAUGGUGGCGUUGAUUGGGAAGAAACUAUGAAGCUUUUGGUCUCCGAUGAAGUUGCGAGGAGUUUUUUGAUGAUGUCCUCCCAUCUAAAUCAAGGUUCAGUCAGGUCCUCUCUAUUUCUCUAUGUUUUGAUUACUUAUUUAGGUGGAUCUAGGUUUUCAUUGUUGGUUCGCUUCUGCUCUGUCGAUAUAGUUGGUGAAUCUGUGCUUAGCUUGCUUUUUUUCUUCAACAAUUGUAUGUAUUCGUGUGGAUAUAGGGUUUCAUUGUUGGUUCGCUUUUUCUCUGUCAACAUAGUUGAUUGAACUGUUCUUUGCUUGCUUUUUUUCUUCAACGAUUGUACGUAUUUGCCAAAUGUAGAGUUUCAUUGUUGGUUCACUUUAUCUCUGUCAAUUAGUUAAUUGAACUGUGCUUUGCUUGCUUUUUUUCUUCAAUGAUUGUAUGUAUUUGAUGCUCUACGGAAUGGUUUCAUUUUUGGUCGUCUACUGUUAUAUCCACUAAUAGAGUUGUGUGAUUGUAUUGGCCGAAUGAUUGGAUUGCUCUUAUGUAAUUGACUGUAGUAUCAUUUUGAGUGAUGCUUCAUCUUGCAAAUGUUCUUUCACCUUGAUACUUAACAUCGAAUUCUUAAAUGGUGGAAAGUACAUGAUAUGUCUUUGAGCCAUGCAAUUGUGUAGUUACCACAGACAAACUUACAUUUGAAUUGAACUUCUGCUAGCCUUUUCAGAAAAAAGUUAUCUACUCAAUAUUUGAAGUAGAUUCUCAUGAAGGUUUUGUUACUUGUUUUCCUUGUUCAGAAGCUUGUUUUAUUAUUAGGAGGUAGUUUUUUAACAUUUGAAAAUGCUGCAAGUUUAUCUGUCAUUAUACACAACUAUUGGUUCCUUGGUCCAUCAGAUUACUAGUAGAUCCAGCAAUUUACAAGACACACUGUUCAUCUCAAGUUUGAAGGUAUCUGUUGUUUGCUUUGUACCUGAGUAGCUGGUUCAAU